UCAGUUCGUUAGUUGCAUGGAUUUUGUGAGCGUGUGAACGAGACUAGUUUUUUAUUUGCAGAGGAUUUCAGAGGUAUAAUGACUAUAUUUGUAAACACUUGAGCUAUCUAUCAUAGCGUCCACAAGCAAUUGAAUGUUAGCUAGAAGAAUGGAAGGCAAGGGCAGAUUAGCCACUCAUCACCUGAUCCUCACAAGGCAUCCUGAUCUCUCUCCGCAAAACCUAAGUUUAUUUUUUUCAGCCAAUCACAGGGAUCUGGUCGGGUAUCCGUAGUAUAUCCCUUGCGUCCGACUCAUUGAAGAAGAACUCCUCGUCCAAUUUGAGCAUCCACUGCGGUAGAUAGCAGAGAAAUAAAACAACAGCAUGUCAUCGUGUUGGCCAAAGCUGCCGUUAUAUUUGGCUUCACAGCACACAACCAGAACACUUCUCAACAAGAGCACUUGUGUUUGUUCAACGAUCCCCAAUCUGAGACACUACACCUGUGGAAAGAAUCUGUCCAGGAGGAGAGUAGCAAUCACUGGAAUAGGACUUGUCUCUCCUCUCGGCACAGGGACGACUCUACCUUGGAACCAGCUGAUUAGUGGUGCCAGUGGGAUCGUCGCCCUUGACUCUGAGAUGUAUAAGACAGUCCCCUGUAAAGUGGCAGCCCUGGUGCCCCGGGGGGAUGGAGAGGGCCAGUUCAAGGAUGAGAGAUUUGCCACGCGUGGGGAGAUCAACAGUAUGUCACCAGCCACUGUCAUGGCUCUCGGUGCCGCCCAGCUGGCACUGGAGGAUUCUGGGUGGUAUCCCAGCAGCCCUGAGGAGCAGCUGACCACAGGGGUGGCGGUGGGGAUGGGCAUGGUUUCUCUGGACGAGAUCGCCAAGACGUCGGCCAUCUUCCAGGCGAAAGGUUACAGUAAGGUCAGCCCCUUCUUUGUGCCUCGUAUCCUUGUCAACAUGGCUGCCGGUCACAUCAGCAUCAAGCACAAACUGAAAGGUCCCAACCACGCCGUUUCCACUGCCUGCACCACUGGAGCCCAUGCCCUCGGUGAUGCAGCCAGGUUCAUUGCUCACGGAGACGCCGUCGCCAUGGUAGCGGGUGGGACAGAAGCCUGUGUGGGACCUCUGUCAAUCGCGGGGUUCGCCAGGGCGAGGGCUCUGAGUACCCACUGGAACGACCAGCCCAGGCUGGCAUCGCGGCCCUUCCACCCAGAGAGGGAUGGGUUUGUGAUGGGUGAAGGGUCUGCUGUGGUGCUGCUAGAGGAGUGGGAGCAUGCUGCGGGGAGGGGGGCCAGGGUGUAUGCUGAGGUGCUGGGGUACGGCCUGUCAGGGGACGCCAGCCACAUCACAGCCCCCACUGCUAAUGGAGACGGAGCCUUCAGGUGCAUGUCUGCAGCACUCCGAGACGCCGGUGUGGAACCAGCCCAUGUGACGUACGUGAACGCACACGCCACCUCUACACCACUAGGUGACGCUGCAGAGAACGCCGCCAUCAAGAGACUGUUCCAGCAGCACGCCGCCGCCCUGGCUGUCUCCUCCACUAAAGGGGCCACGGGGCAUCUCCUAGGGGCUGCCGGGGCCCUGGAGGCAGCCUUCACUGCCCUGGCCUGUUACCACAGCACUUUGCCACCCACCCUCAACCUGGACCGCACCGAGCCAGAGUUUGACCUGAACUAUGUGCCCUGCACAGCACAGCAGUGGAAGACAGAGGGCAGACGGGUAGCUCUCACAAACUCUUUUGGGUUUGGGGGGACUAACGCGUCACUGUGUCUCGCCAGUGUCUGAAAAGCUUGUCUGAAGGAUUCACUUCUUACUGGUUUUGUAUUGAUUUCACAACAGAUUCUUUAUAUAUACCUAGUAUUUCAGUUUCAAAAUGUUCUCAAUAUUAUAUUGGGACAUGUAAUGUAAACAUCGAUCAUACAAUUCUGAUGGAAACUUCAAUUUUCAUCAUUCAAAUACAGAUAUGCUGUGUGUACUUGAAUACAGUAGUAUGUUUAUUUAUCACCAGCAGGUGGCACUGUCUCACAUGGAGGCUACACUGGAGAGGCUAUGGGUUAUUACCUUUUAUACAGACGGUUCAGCUCUAGCCCCUUGGCCUUUAUUGUAAUAGAAGGCUGUGCUGGUUGGUCAUAAAGUGUAAUUUCUCAAGAUCCACCAUGAGCAUAAACAUCAGUCACUCA